AACCUUGAUGAUAACGCUAGAAUUUUCAAGUUUAACUUCUCCGCAGUACUUUUCUCCCGCGACUACUCCAUAUUCCACAACACACCCUUUUGUAUCUUCCCAUCCUCCAGAUCCCGACAACAACAACAACAACAAUGUCCAACAAAUUCACCAUCCCGCCGGUGUCCUUUCCAUCGUCAGGACCGUCAGCAUCAACCGCGUCCACCACUCCCGGUCCCGGCGGUCGCAACCCACCGGGCAUGCUCCAUCAACGGCAAGUCCCAACCGCACCGUUUCAACCACCACGUCCCUCCUCCCUCCCUUUCAUGUCUUUUGACAUCGGAUCCGCCGCCGCCUCUUCAUCUUCCACCUCCUUCCCACCUCCACAACUCCGCCAGGACAUCGCCUCCUCCUCCGGCGGCCUCUUCUCUGACGAAAUCCCUCUCCUGGAAGAACUCGAGAUCAACCCAUCCCUAAUCUGGCGCAAAACUCGCUCCUUACUCAACCCAUUCCGAGUGGAUUCAUCCCUCCACUCUGAUCCCGACCUCUCCGGGCCCUUCCUUUACUACAUCGCCUUCGGAUUGUUCCAAUUACUUGGCGGCAAAGUUCAAUUCGGCGUUAUCUUAGGCUGGAUUGCGAUCUCCUCCAUUUUUGUUUACUCGAUCUUGAACUUUCUGGCUGGUAAAAAUGGGAAUUUGGAUUUGUAUCGGUGUUUCAGCGUGGUUGGAUAUUGUUUGAUGCCAAUUGUAAUCUACUCUGCUGCCUCACUCUUUCUCCCUCCUACCGGAACUACUGUUGGGUUUAUUGUUGCUGCAGCUUUCGUGAUUUGGUCAACUAGGGUUUGCUCUCGUCUUUUGGCGGUCGAUGAAUUGGGAGCUUCCGAACACCGUGGGUUGAUUGCUUAUCCUUGUUUCUUGAUUUACUGUCUGUUUUCUAUGCUUGUUAUGUUUUGAUUGAAUACUUGGUAUUAUUGUUGUUGUUGAUGUCGGAAUACAACAAUGUAUGUCUUUGUAAGUGUCGAAUUAGUAUGAUCAAUGUCACUCUUGCCAUUAUGAUUC